GGGCAUCCUAAUUCCUAGCUCGACUCUUGUGAAGGUCCUAAACUAACUAGCUGAACCAAAGUCCAAACUCAAUUAUGCCCAACUUUUUUCACGUCAUAAAAUAACUCCUCUCAGUUGAACCAGCGAGUCGACCCCAACGAGUCUCAUUCUACCUCCGCACAGACAAGGACGCAUGCACAUCCAAGAGCUUGCAAAAAGAGAAAUUGAAUCACGCAUCUGUUGAUCUAAUGCGAAUUCUGUUUCCAAAAAACCCCUCUGAAAUUUUCCCUAAUUUGAAUGGAAGCCCUAAUCCUAAAACAUAUCCCCUCUGUGAAUCUUCCAAAUGUGGCCGUCUUUGGAUCCUUUAUCCAUAUCAACAUUUUUCUCUCUUCUUCUUCUCUGGAGGCGAACUUUAAUCUCUCCGUUGUUUUAUUGGUAUCGAAGUGACUAAGCAAUUUGCUUUAGGUUUACAAUCAGUUGAAGAGUUUAAAAACUACACUAUAUAUACAUUAUUCUGUAUAGAAUAGGGAAGAUAAUAAGUUUUAAAGAGAAGGAAGAGAUGGAGAGCUCUGACGCAGAAACAGGCAUGGUUGAUUGUGGUGUUGGGACCAUCGUUUGGGUUCGGAGGCGGAAUGGGUCGUGGUGGCCGGGUAAGAUCCUGGGCCCCGAUGAGCUCUCUGCUUCUCCUCUCAUGUCUCCCCGAUCUGGAACUCCUGUCAAACUUCUUGGGAGGGAAGAUGCCAGUGUGGAUUGGUACAACCUAGAGAAGUCGAAGCGAGUUAAACCUUUCCGCUGUGGUGAGUUUGAUGACUGCAUCGAGAGGGCGGAAGCUUCACAGGGAAUGCCUCCAAAGAAAAGAGAGAAAUAUGCACGCAGGGAAGAUGCUAUCCUUCAUGCACUUGAGCUUGAGAAGCAAGUGCUGGAAAAGAAAUAUGGGAAACCAGGUGUCCAAUCUAAUAAUACCAAGUUACUAGGAAAAGACACAACUAUAACUCCAGAAUUAUCACGUGACAGUGGUAAACAUGUGGAUCUGUCUCUUGAUGACAAAAGAAAGGGUCUUUCCUUUCAGUCAAGGAGUCACCUGAAUGUAGAUGAUGUACCUGUACGUCCUAUUCUUUUCAAGCAUAAACUCUCUUCCUUGGCUGCUUCAAAUGGUUCCCAUAGGCAUGCUUCAGAUGUCCUUACACCAGAAAAUACGGUUAUUGUCGGUAGUAAAAAGUUGUUGGAGAAAAAAAGGAAAAGGUCACAAGAGGGGAAUACGGAGGAAUCAGUUGGUAAGAGGCGUGACAGACAUCGCCCUCUUGUUCAGGUACUCCUGAGUAGUGCAAAACUGCCCCACCAUGACCACACUCACCCCUUGCAGCCACAGACUGAUGGAGGGGAGGAGCAGAGAAAAGUUGUACACCGUGCAGUGGGUGGCAAUGAUCCAGGUGACACUAGAGAAGCUAUCCCUGACCAAGUGGAAAAUUCAGCACCCAAGUUUGAGAAAAGGGACGAGUCCUUCCCUGUUGCAUUGAGUGAAGAAAACACUACUGAAUCUAAUGAAGACACUGAAACUGACUCUUCUGGCACUGAAUCUCUGAUGUCGGACACAUAUGAUGCAAUGGCUGCACUUUCAGAUGAAGCUGAAGAUGUUGAAUUCAUACCAAAGGCAUUUGGAAGGCAAGGGGUACAUGAGGAGAGCAUGAGUGAUGAUGAGUCAGGAGGAGUUCCUGAUGAUUCCGUAGCAACAGUCUCCAAAUGGCAGCUGAAGGGAAAAAGGAAUAGUCGCAGUUUGAGGAAGAGAAAGGGAUAUUCAUACUCAUACUCAUACUCAGGUGAGUACCAAAUAUACGAUGACGAUGACGAUGAUAAUGAUGAUGACGACGAUGAUGUGAGGAGGCAUGGGACCCGGAUGUUGAUUGAUGUUGAAGUAGGAGUGCAAUCAAGUUAUCAGAGAGAACACGUGCCCAUGAUUUCCCUGAUGAGCAAAUUGAAUGACAAGGCCAUAGUGGGUCACCCUAUUCCAGUAGAAGCCCUGGAAGAUGGUUCAUCUGAUGAUAUGUUCCAAAUGGAAUCAUUAUUAUUAUUAGGUGGUGGUGACACAAGUGCGCCGCUUCAACCAUGGAGGACCGCCAGGAGGACCGCCAAGUGUCGGGGGGUUGCAGUUGCACGGCCGCCUCAAUUUUUAUCAACAUUAGAGGAAGAAGAAGAAGAAGAAGAAGAAGAAGAAGAAGAAGAAGAAGAAGAGGCGGUGGCCUCCUUUCAGUUUCAGGAGUAUUAUGAUGAAGAUGGAAAAGCAAGUGUUAAUCGCAGCAACAGCAAGGGAAGAAAGUGGGCUGCACCAAAAAAGCCACAAAGGAGGACCACCUCAUCUUGCAGCAGUCAGAAAAUAAGGACGUUAUCAUCAAUAGGCGGGACCCAACAGCAACAACAGCAGCACAAUAUGGAUUUGAAAGCAGAAGGUGAACAAGGGAUAGGGAUGAUGAUGAUGAUGAUGAUGAUGAAACCAGAGUCAUUGCCCACAGCAGUUGCUUGUAUCCCUGUUAAAUUAGUGUUCAGUAGGUUACAUGAGGAGCUGGUUGCCCCCCGCCAUCAAUAA